AUGUCGCAGGGGGGGCGGCCUUCCUUUCAGCCAUCCCGUCUCUCGCUGUCACCGCAGAGCCAGGCUGCCAGUCAUGAGCGAGUCGCUGCAAUCCGAGACGAUGGCCAUGAUCAUACUUCCUCCGACUAUUCUCAUGGCCCCGGACCAACUCCGGAGGAUCGAUCUAGGCCUCAGUCCGCGCGAUCUCUGGGCAUAAGCCAGAGCCAUGCCACACAGGAGCCCGGCACCCCAGCCAGCCAGGCGGGCUUGACUCCUAGCGGCAACACACCCACGGAGCGACACUCGCCAGCGAAUGCGUUUCCCUUUCCAGCGAUGAACAGACCUCGGCACUUGCUGAGCCCACAGCCAUCGGGUCUUGGAGGGAUGGGCGCCGCUGGGAUCCAUCAGACGCAACCCGGAGAUCACCAAGUGCCCUUUCAGCACGCUGAAGCCACCACGCGAAGGCAGUUUCGAGGGGACAGAGACAGCGGCGCUCACCACACUAGUUCGAUUCCAGGCCUACCAUUCACGGGGCCGCACCCUUCUCUGAGCAAGCCUCAGACUGCGUCCUUGACACCGCCGCGCUCCUUAUCCCAACCCAGUCUUGGACAUUUGCCACAGCCCAGCAGCCAAAGUCGGCAUCCUUUUUCUACGCUGCCACAGGAGGCCCACGAACGAACCCAUGAGCCACAAACUCAACCGAGCCAUCCCUUCGGCUUGCCUCCUCGGACAUACUCGACAUCCAUCCCACCCGGAAGCCCGGUCUGGCCAGGACCUGGACAAGGUACACCGCUUUACAACAGCAUCCGCUCUAGUGCUGCCGCGGGUGGGUCUGACGGGCAAGCGAUGCUCAGAAUGUCGCUCGGGGGUGAUGGAGGAUCCGUCGAUGUUGUCCUUGACAACCGCCAAGCUUCCCGUCAGGCUGAUGAGAAGAGACAGCGCAACGCUGGGGCGUCCGCCCGCUUCAGGAAGCGCAAGAAGGACCAGAUUGGGGCUCUGGAAUCGGAGAAUGUGGAUCUUAAAAGUCAGAUGCAAGUUCUGAUGCAAGAAAGGGAGUGGUUCCGCGCUGAAAGGGAUCGUCUGCGCAACCUGCUACUUCAGACGCCUCUGGCUGAGCAUGCCGCGGGGCCGAAUAGCCCAGUCAUUGUUGCAGAGUCUGCAUAUGGCUCGGAAGCAAACCUCUCCAACCAGACAGGCUCAGCGGCGCAGGCACUUCAGGGCUACGGUUCGGGCGACUCAUCGGGGGAGAGGCCGGCUCGUAGGCGAAGGACAAGCGCGACCCCAACGUUCACGACUCCAACAUACGGAACGCCGAACUCGACGCCGACCAGUCUGCCUCCGAUCAACACACCAAUGUACAGCGGCAUGGCCAACUCUCCCUCGAUGAGGCCUGGCGAGAGGCUUCCACCCCUGCGUGCCCGGUGA